UAUAUGAAUAAGCCCAGGAAUUGAUGCUGAAAGAUACCUUAAUAAUGUUGUCCAACCCUUUCAUUUUACAGAUGAGAAAGCUAGGGCCAAGUGGACAACAAAUAAAAUCUCUGUUGAGAACGACAAUAAAAAUACUCUUCAUGUAUAUAAUAUCUCUAAUGAGGCAAAGACACCUCACACCUGUGAUCUGAUUGGAUCACAGCCCUGUGAGCUGGCAAGGAACUUCCUGCCCAUCUGACAGCUCCUGAGUCGUUCCCAGAUUGUUUCCACUAGCAGUGAGCCUAGGUGGUAUUUGUGUAGCACUCACAGCUCACAGCAUAUUUCACACUCAUGUUUUCAUUAGAUCUGAACCAGAUCUCUGGACAGAAAAGAUGGAAGGAACUAGUCUUAUCCCCAUUUUUCAGAGGUGAAAACUGAGGUUCAUGGAGGUUAAGUAUUUUGCCAACCUUGCACCGUUAGUAAGUGGUAGAGUGGGAACCAGGAUCCAGGAUCCCAGCAUGAAUUUACUGGGGCUGCCGUAUCAAAGUACUACAAACUGGACUGGAUGGCUUAAAUAACAGAAACUUAAUUGUCUCAGGUUCUGGCGUCUAGAAGUCUGAAAUCAGUGUGUCAGAAGGGCAGCAGGACCAGGCCGUGGUGUUUCUGAAACCCGUAGGGGAGACUCCUUCUUUGCCUCUCCCAGGCUCUGGUCCUGGCUUCCCUGGCUCGCAGCUGCAGCACUCCAAUCACGAUCUCCAUCACCACGCUGAAUUCUUCCUGUGUCUCUGUGUCUGUGUCCAAAUUUCCCUCUUCUUAUAAGAACACCAGUCAUUGGAUUAGGGCCCACCCUAACCCAGUAUAACCUCACCUUUACUUGAUUACAUCUGCAAAGACCCUGUUUCCAAAUUAAGGUCACAUUCACAGGUUCUGGGAGUGGGACUUCACUGUAUCUUUUGUGGGGGGGGGGCACAAUUCAGUCCGUAACGAUCCCUGACCUAAGCCAGUGGCCUUCCACAAUGCAGUUUGCGUCCUGUGCUCCAUCCCAUUCAUCGUCUUCUGCUACCAAGGACGAGGUACUCCCCUCUCCUGCAAUGCAGAAAGUGGGGCUGGCUGGGAGCACUUUUCAUCUUCUGCUCCUGCCAAAUGAUUACAAGCUACUAAGGUGGACCCAUGAAAUAUGGGCAGGCUUUUUGUCCUUUUUAUUCCCAGGCAGUAAAAGUCAUUAAGGCUUGCUCUUAAUUAGUUUCAUUUCGAAGCUUCUAAAUAUUGAUUUAACCUACACUCCUUUGUACUUGCUGCAGUCACUGAAUUAUGCCUUUUAUUGAUCAGGAGAUGGAAGUGCUUCUAUCCACCGGGCCCCGGGCCCUGGAAGGCACUGGUCCCCCAGCGGGUGUGUGGGGCUCAGAAGGCAUUGAUGGGCUUGGAGGAAAGAAGCCCCUGCCAGAUUGGAAAGGGCCUUCCCUUAAAGAAGGGCUGUUCAGCUUAGGCCGGGGGCCAGUUUCUUUCUCUUGGGCUGGCCCAGGCUCAAGGGAAUUUGAAUAAGAAGUCAGCUGGAAAUCUCCCAUUCCAUUCUGGGCCUGAAGAGAGCUGGGCAGUGGGAGCCGGAGGAGGGUGAUGUGGGGUCGGAGCAUAGGGCACGGGCUUUGGCAGCCCGCCAGACCUUGUCUGCGUCCCGGCUCUACCAGCUGGGUGUCCUUGUGCAAGGUACCUACCUAUCCUCCACAUCUGUGAAAUGGGGCUAGUAAGCCCCACAUCUUACUGUGGUUUUGAGCAUUGAGGGCAACCACUCAUUUCAGAGCCCAGCCCAAGGCCUGGCUCAUAGGCAGUCCUUGGUCAAUGGCUACCAUUAUUAACAUUGCCAUCCCACUGAGAAAGUAAGUCUGGACUUGGAAGCAUACUGUCUUUUAGCCCUGGCUCCAUUACUUGUUUGCUGUAUGAUCUUGGGCAGGUCACUUAAUAUCUUUUCCAUUAAAAUGGGGAUAAUGGCAUCUAUGACCUUGCAAGGCUAUUGUGAAUAUCACUCAGGAUCGUGGAGAUGGAAGAAUUUAAAUUGCAAGGUGGUGCAUCCAGUCAUAAUAGAUAGUAUUGAUGGCUAUAGUAGUCACUGCCUUAGAUGCCCUCUGGGCUGCCCUCUACCUCCAGUAUCAUGUCCAGACUGUUCUGGCUCCAGCCUGCUGCUCCAGCCUCUCCACCUCACCUACACUCUUGGAAACGAAGGGGGACCACUCAGUUCUUAGAGUUCACUUCAUCAUUUUUAUCCCAGCACCUUUGCUCCUGGUGUCCCCAGUAUGUAUAGAAUGGUCUUCUACCGUCUGUGCAUCUGCUGACCUAGGCAACACUUCCCUGGGAGGUUUUGUUAAAGACAACGUUAUUGAAGUACAUUGCAUACCAACAAAUCUACCCAUUUUUAGUGUAUAAUUCAAUGACUUCUAGAAAUUUCCUCACAGAAUUGUGUUCUCUCCUCCAGACUAUGCCCCUGUUGCUCUUGGUAAGUACUUCUGUGACAACUCUUAUCAUACUUUAAUAGAGUGUUUUGUUUUGUUUUUAAAUUUGUGACUCCCGCCUGCCCUCCCCAUGACCUUGUAUCCCUAUCCCCUCACAGCGCCAGCACACAGUCAGGGCUCUAUUAAUGCUCAUUGGGUAGAGAGCUUCCUUGUGGCCGGGACAGAGAAGAAUUCUAAUCUCAUCUGGAGGGUCCUUGGAGGUAACCUAGCCCAGUGAUUCUCCAUGCGCAUACAUCAGAUUCACCUGGAUGGUUUCCUCAAACACAGCGGCAUCAACUAGAGUUGAAGGGACUCACCUCACUCAGAGAGGCUCUGCAGACUCAUCAUUUUCAAGCUUCAAUAGCUGCGACUCAAGGGCAAAAAUGCAUGAUUUUGCAUCACAUCCGUCUGUACACAGGAGCUGACAGCCUGGUUGAGAACACAGGCUCUCAGAAUGACGAUAAGGAAGGUGCUGUUACCGCGGAGGUCUGUUCAGAGUCUCCGGGACUGUGGUGGGUGUAACCACCCUUCUAGGAGGGCCUCUGGGAACAUGUCACAGAGGACGUGGCAUUUGGGAUGGGUUUUUACGGCUGAAGAGGAGUUUGAUAGUUGAAGUUGGGGAGACGUUUUGCUGGUUGAGUGAGAGGCCCGCAGAGGAGAAGGAAGUAGCAAGUCUAGUCUAGGAGGAGCCGGAGGCGCCUGGGAAUGAGAGGGUCACUCAAGGGUGAGGAGGCUGCUGUGAGAGUCAAGACAAGAAAUGAAAAGGGAACGUUAGCGUGAGCACUGUGGUGGGUGUGUGUGAGGUGGGAGGGACGCGUCACCAUGGUGGAGAUUUCCAGUCUUGGAGACUGGUGGAUGGCAGUGCCUCCUGAGCAGGUUUGGUGGGAGAUGUUGGGCUUGGGACAAGUUGAGUGCAAGGAGCCUCUGAAAUGGGCGAAUGGAGAGGUCUGGGGCAGUUACAAGUGAGUCUGGGUCUCUCCUUCCUGGUCACUCCCCAAUUUGUCCUCUGCCUGGUGCCCCAGAUUCUGUAAUCAGAAUACCUAGGGGUCUGGCAACAAAAAGGGCCCAGCAAUGCUGCCCCAGGAGGUGGCCAAGACCCAGCAGGGCUUUGGGGAAGGGCUGCCAGGAGGUUAUCCUGCCAUCUUCUUGCCUCAAGGCAGCAUGACGCUCACAGGCCCAAGUCAUAGGAUUCCAACCGGAGAGGGGACCCUAGGGCAUAGAGCAAUUUCUAGAUAUGGGAGUUGUAAAACAAGAAAGAGGAAUCAGUCUCCCUUCCUGGAGAUCUCUGAUUAAGUGUGAGACCCUGAGAAGCUAUAGCCGCUAUGAAGCAGGAGGAUGAAUUAAGUGAAUUUCAGGUCUGAGGUUCUGGCGUUCCCUAAAGCCAGAGUCAGCUGUUUCCAAAGACCCUGGUUCCAAGUUGCGAUGGAGAAGGAAGGGGAAUUCUGGGCUUAAAAGAUGAAACUGAUGGAUGAUGAUAGAAGUCAGGACAAUGGUUAACUCCAGGUGGGGGCUGGACAUUGACUGGGAAGGGCCGCAUAGGAACCUUGGGAGGGCUGGAAAUGCUUAUAUCUUGCUGGGGUGGUGGUUGUACUGGUAUCUACUAAGGUAGAAAUUCAUCAGGCUGUGCACUUGGGAUUCAUGCCAUUUAUGUACUCUCCUGUACAUACGUUAUACCAUAAUAGAAAGAAAAAGUUUAGGACGAAAGGUGAGAGACGAGAAGUAGGGGCUAAGGUGGGAGGAGAGGCAAUGGUGAAGGGGGCAACGAAGGCAACUAAGAGGCACGUCAUAGGCCUUGCAUCCUGGCUCCUCACAGCAGUUCUGUGAGAGGGUCUCAUCCUCAUUUCCCAGCUCGGGUCGGGUCGUCUAACUUUGUCCAAGGUCACACAGUGAGCGGCAGAGCCAGACUCAAACUCUGAUCACAGAGCCCAGGCUCCUUCCGCUCCACCACUCCCGCUUUGCAUAAGUUAUUUAUGGAAUUCAGACUCUGGAAGACUAGAUAAAUGCUGAGGUCUCCUCCAGCUCUGAGGUCCUGGCUGUCUGUGAUUAAAUGAGAGGUGGGAGUGAGGGGCCAUGCUCACCUCUCGGGAGGAGCGGAGGCCAGGUGUACAGAUGGAGGGAUGGCCUCCCCCACCUCUGCAUCCCCCAACCCAGCGCUUAUCUGCUGGUGAGGAGGCCGGAGUUUAUCAGUGCUACACUCAAUUAUGCUGCCCUUCUGUCUCCGCAGCUCAGGGAGACCUGGCACUGAAGCAGCAGCGAAGGCCAGGCAAUUGAUCACUGCCACUGGCUGUUCCUCCCUCCGGAGGGCUCCCAGCUCAGGGGGGCUGGGCAGAGGCUGUGGGGAGGGGAGAGGAGUUGGGGGAGGGAGAGGCUUGGCAUCCAGCAGCCCCCUGGAGGAGCAACGCUGUCAGUGCUGGCAGGAGCCCGGGACUGUACUGGGGGCAGGGCCAGAGAUGGAGGAAAGGGAGAAGAGCAGCUCGGGCUGCUGACGUCAGCUUCUCCAAAAUUCUUCAUUUAGGGCUUUGCCAAGGGUUGGAGUUUAAUGGGGAGUGUACGGGAUCAAUUCCAUACUUUCUCUCCAGAGCCGCUGCCGGGAGGAGGUCGGUCCGUCGGGGCUUGCAGAGCCAGCCCUUCCAAGAGAAACUUUGCUCCUGGAGCGGGCAACCCUGCUUCCCCUGUCACUGACGGUCAUGUCUCCAGCUGUCCCUGAACAAAGAGGAGCACCCAGCCCCCAAUCCGAAGGCAGGCUGAGGUCUCUGUGCAGCCUGCUGGCUCUGUCUGUCCCUGUGCUUCCAGGCCCAGCCACACACUCAGAGGAACAGGGUCUUCCCCAUGUGUCCCCCAAGGAAGUCACUCUAGCCAGAAAUGAAGGAAUGGUGUCUGAGGGGCCCCCUCAGGUAGCGUUGGGGAGGAGCAGGGGACCCAUUCAUCUCUGAAAGGACUGGCACCUGAAGCAGGCAUUCUGGGCCACCAGCCCUGCACUCUGCUCCUGUUAAGGUGGGCGUUGAGCUGCCAGGCAGUGAACCUUGGCUGGGCUGGUGGGGCAGGUUACAGAGUCAAAGACCUGGCUUUGAAUUCUGACCCCACCACGUCAGAAGCUGUGCAAGCUCUGAUGUGUCAAUUAACCUGUCCUUGCUUCAGUUGCUUCCCCUGUAAAAUGAGACUAAACAAUCCCUUCUCUGUCUGCACACAGGGUUGAUGGGAGAGUUACACACUUCACAAUUUGUAUCCACUCACCAGUACCCUCUGCAUGCUCAAUCCUACACUUGGCUCACCGGGAACACAAAAAGCAUGCAAGACAUAGCCCCUACGGCAAAGAGCUUGAAAUCCAGUUGGGGAAAACGCACGCGUGAUAGUCUGAACUCCUGCUCACCCCGGGAGAUUAUAGAUAAAAGACAAUUAGCUUUCUCUGCAGCUCCGGCUCCCAGCAGAAAUUGCUAAUCAAGCCUGCAUGAGUGGGCCAUGUGCAAGACAGCCUUAAGUGGUGAUGGCAGGGCUGCCCUGAUGGGGCAUGGCAAUGAGUGAGCAGACGGAGCGCCAGUGGACAAGGAUGGAGAUCCGCACCCAGGAGGGCAGGAAAUGAUGCCCACCCAUCCCUGCAUAGAAUGACUGCCCAGGGAGAGUGGUUCCCCGGGCCCUGGCAGGGCUGCUGACCCUCAGCCUGCAAACCGCUAAGAGCACAGGGACUCCAGACUCUUCUUGUGGAUGGUCCCCUGCCCUGCAGCUCCACCAUGAGGCUGCUUGUGGCCCCCCUCUUGCUAGCUUGGGUGGCUGGUGCCAUUGCCACUGUGCCCGUGGUACCUUGGCACGUGCCCUGCCCCCCUCGGUGUGCCUGCCAGAUCCGGCCCUGGUAUACACCCCUAUCGUCCUACCGCGAGGCCACCACCGUGGACUGCAAUGACCUAUUCCUGACAGCUGUGCCCCCGGCGCUGCCCGCAGGCACGCAGACCCUGCUGCUACAGAGCAACGGCAUCGUCCGCGUGGACCAGAGUGAGCUCGGCUACAUGGCCAAUCUCACAGAGCUGGACCUGUCCCAGAACAGCUUUUCAGACACCCGAGACUGUGAUUUCCGUGCCCUGCCCCAGCUGCUGAGCCUGCACCUGGAGGAGAACCAGCUGACGCGGCUGGAGGACCACAGCUUUGCAGGGCUGACCAGCCUUCAGGAACUCUAUCUCAACCACAACCAGCUCUACCGCAUCGCCCCAAGGGCCUUCGCCGGCCUCAGCAACCUGCUGCGGCUACACCUCAACUCCAACCUGCUGAGGGCCGUGGACGGCCGCUGGUUCGAGAUGCUGCCCAGCCUGGAGAUCCUCAUGAUCGGCGGCAACAAAGUGGACGCUAUCUUGGACAUGAACUUCCGGCCCCUGGCCAACCUGCGCAGCCUGGUGCUCGCAGGCAUGAACCUGCGGGAGAUCUCUGACUACGCCCUGGAGGGGCUUCAAAGCCUGGAGAGCCUCUCCUUCUAUGACAACCUUCUGGCCCGGGUACCGCGGCGGGCGCUGGAGCAGGUGCCUGGGCUCAAGUUCCUAGACCUGAACAAGAACCCGCUCCAGCGGGUGGGGCCCGGGGACUUUGCCAACAUGUUGCACCUCAAGGAGCUGGGGCUGAACAACAUGGAGGAGCUGGUUUCCAUUGACAAGUUUGCCCUGGUCAACCUCCCUGAGCUGACCAAGCUGGACAUCACCAACAACCCCCGGCUGUCUUUCAUCCACCCCCGCGCCUUCCAUCACCUGCCCCAGAUGGAGACCCUCAUGCUCAACAACAAUGCUCUCAGUGCCUUGCACCAGCAGACAGUGGAGUCCCUGCCCAACCUGCAGGAGGUGGGUCUCCAUGGCAACCCCAUCCGCUGUGACUGUGUCAUCCGCUGGGCCAAUGCCACGGGCACCCAUGUCCGCUUCAUCGAGCCUCAGUCCACCCUGUGUGCCGAGCCACCAGACCUCCAGCGCCGCCCAGUGCGGGAGGUGCCCUUCCGGGAGAUGACGGACCACUGCCUGCCCCUCAUCUCCCCCCGCAGCUUCCCCCCCAGCCUCCAGGUGGCCAGUGGAGAGAGCCUGGUGCUGCACUGCCGGGCGCUGGCUGAACCAGAACCCGAGAUCUACUGGGUCACUCCAGCUGGGGUUCGACUGACGGCUGCCCGGGCAGGCAGGAAGUACCGGGUGUACCCUGAGGGGACCCUGGAGCUGCGGAGGGUGACAGCGGAAGAGGCAGGGCUGUACACCUGUGUGGCCCAGAACCUGGUAGGGGCUGACACUAAGACGGUUAGUGUGGUUGUUGGCCGGGCUCCCCUGCAGCCAGGCAGAGGCAAGGGAUGGGGUCUGGAACUCCAGGUGCAGGAGACUCACCCCUAUCACAUCCUGCUAUCUUGGGUCUCCCCACCCAACACAGUCUCCACCAACCUCACCUGGUCCAGUGCCUCUGCCCUCCAGGGCCACAGGGCCACUGCUGUGGCCCGCCUGCCACGGGGUACCCACAGCUACAACAUCACCCGCCUCCUUCAGGCCACGGAGUACUGGGCCUGCCUGCAAGUGGCCUUUGCUGAUGCCCACACCCAGUUGGCAUGUGUAUGGGCCAGGACUAAAGAGGCCACUCCUUGUCACAGAGCCUUAGGGGACCAACCUGGGCUCAUAGCCAUCCUGGCUCUCACCAUCCUCCUGCUGGCAGCCGGGCUGGCAGCCCACCUUGGCACUGGCCAGCCCAGGCAGGGAGUGGGUGGGCGGCCUCUCCUUCCAGCCUGGGCUUUCUGGGGCUGGAGCACCCCCUCAGCCCGGGUGGUAUCUGCACCCCUUGUCCUGCACUGGAAUCCGGGGAGGAAGCUGCCCAGGUCCUCAGAAGGGGAGACACUGUCACCACCAUUGUCACAAAAUUCCUGAAGCUCAGCCUGUUCUCAGCAGUAGAGAAAUAACUAGGACUACUUUUUACCAAAAGGGAAGCAAUCUGGGCCAGGUACCCUGCCAGGAAAGUAACAUGGAUCCACGUGCUUGAGGCCUGGCAGCUGGACCAAGACAGCCAGCUUUGUGGCCCUAGGGGGUGCUCCUGCGGCCUCCAGAAACUGCCCUUACCUUCUGAGGGCUCCUCUGCUACCAUUCUGAGGAGCAUCUCCAAGGAACAGGAAGGACUCUGGCUAAAGCUGCCCACCUCCCCAGUUGUCUGUGUGCCCAGAGGCUCCUGGGCCUGGAUGUCCCCUGCCUGUGUCCUCAGGCCCUUGGCCCACAGGAUGCACCCCCUCCUCUUCUCUGUCUCUGUACAGUCUCAGUUGCUUGCUCUUUCCCCUUCUGGGCAAGAGCUGAAGGAGGCCUCUCCUCCCCACCUCGGGGGACUGCUCCCAAAGUGGGGCCCCAGUUGGAUCAGGAGGACACGUGGGAGAGGGAUGCCCAGGAACGCCUCUUCUUGGCACCCUUCUGGCCUGCACUCUGAGGUUGACUUUCUAUAGGCAAUUUUGUACCUUUGUGGAGAAAUGUGUCACCUCCCCCAACCCAGUUCAUUCUUUUCUCCUGUUUUGUAAAAAAUAAAAAUAAAUAAGAAUAACAAUAAUAAGGGGAGGGGAAGGAAACAAAAG